AUGCAAGGGAAUUACCCUAGUGAGAAAGGCCAACAGUGCAAGAAACUUAUUGAACAUGUUAAUGUAGAUUCCCUCCUGAGCAAUAUUAGACGAGAUGCUCUGAAGAGAGAAAUCAAAAUUGAUGUCAAGAUAUACUUAAAGUUGGCCGCACUACUUUGUGACCUGAAUGAGACCACUGACAGAAAAACAAUCAAGACUCAAUUAUAUCAGUUGUAUGCAGAAGAUAGGGAAGAGGAUGGUACUAUUAUCGAGGUAUUUUCCAAUUUAACCCAGAAGCUGUCCAAACAAAAACGUCUCUCUCCUGUUGAAGAAAUGGAGUUCAUCGUGAAUUUCCUUAAUCCCAUUCUCUCUCCCAUCUGUCAUUGUCCUGAUAAGAACAAGCUUCUCGUAUGA